AUGGCUCUGAACAUAUGGCAACACAAUGAGAAGAAAACAAUGGAUUCUACAGCCUUAAAAAGACAUCCUUUUCGGAUUAUCACCACAGCCCUUCUCAGCCUCCUACUCCCACUCUCAUUUCUUCAUCUUGCCAGGCUCACAACAGCACGGUAUCUGCUAGAUAUCGACUCGAAUUCGGCCCCUGCAUCUUUGUCUUUACUACCAUAUCUUUUCUUACACACCAAUUUAACUCUUCUGCAUGGCCUUGUUUCAAUUGUUUGUGUUUUAUCUCUUGUUCAUGGUUUGAGUAGUGCUCGGAUCAUGCCUUUAGGCCUACCUUUGGAGCUCAUUCUACCUUCGCGGUUAAACACAGUCUGCAUUUUUCUAUGCACAUUGCAAGUUAUGGUGGGCUUGGGGAUGGAGGGAGGUGUAGAGUCAGGAGCUGAAGGUUUUAAUUUUGGUUACGAGAGAAAUUUGUUGAGUAAGCUUCUGUUCUUCAUCGGAUUGCACGAGACAAUGCUUUACUGGUCUAGAAAAGUUGUUAAGCCUGUGGUUGAUGACGCGUUUUUUGGUUCUAGAAGGGAAGAAAGGUGGAUUGAGAGAAUGAUCAUGGCGGCUAGCCUUAGUACAUUGUGGUGGUGGAGGUUGAAGGACGAGGUGGAGUCGCUGGUGGUAGUAGCUGAGGUUAAGACAGAGCUGCUGAUUAGUGUUAGCUUAACUGAUUUUUUGAGCUGGUGGUUGUAUUACCUGACAGUUACAACUGGAAUAGUUAGGGUGAUUAAGAGUCUUCUUUGGGUCGGGUUCGUGUUGGUUUCUAGUAAGGUGGAAAACAUUGCUAAUGACUUCUGUGUGAAUGAGGAGGUGGUCUAA